ACUAAGCCGAAUCAGCACCAAGCUGACACACUGUUAGCGAGUCGACAUUAGUCGACACAGGGCUGGCUCCCCUCAUAAUCCGGGCGAGGUUCAGCUUCGCAUAUCGGACUUAUCCCAGGCAGUUGGCGAGUAACCUCGAUUGUGAAAAGGUGUGAGUGUGGGCUGAGGGAGACUCUUGUGUUUACAUAUUCUGUGUAUCGUUAACCGUGUGCUUUAUUGAUACUGAACUCGACAGUGAUUUUAACUUUAUUACUACUAAAUAUUGUAGUAAUAAAGCAGUUGAAAAUAGAUACUGGUCUCAACUCCUGUAGACCAUGGAGGUUAACUUUGCCCGGCUUUUGCCUCACGCCCAUGUUCAUACCCUAUAAUUCACGACCUGAGGAAUAUUCGUCGGCUUCAGUAGCGAGGGCAAAAUAGAGAGAAAAAAGAAGGAUGCAGAAAUAUCGGCUGAUGAAGACGGAUACCACCGAUGACGAAUCUGUCAUGGUUAAGUCUCACUCAAGAAGUUCCUCGGAAUCCUUAAAAUACGCGAAAGGACAGUCUCAAAGGUCGCACAGAGACUCACCCAUGUUCAGAUCGUACAAUUCACUUUCAUCGGGGUACUCUUCACUUAGUUCUCGCUCGUCAGCAUCAUCUAAUAUCACGCUCCUGACGUCGACCUCAGAUGAUUGCCAAGAGUCACCGUUGGUACGAAAUAGCUCAGCUUUAUCGUUGAGUACCAGCAGCUUAGUGCCCUUGUCGAAAGCGAAAGGAACUUUGUCGUCGCCGACUUCACCGACGUCUCUCGAAUCGGCGAUCAUCGGGCUGGCGAAGACAGCCAUAGCUCCAUCGAAGGUCCUUGCUGACCCCUUGGAGCAGCUCGUCGAACAGCGAAACGUGCUCAUGUCUGAGCUUAUUAAAACUGUAGGAAGCAGAAGGGCAAAUAAUUUGUUCGUGAACCACGCUCAGCAGUGGCACUACCUGCUGGUGUACGCCGAGAAAGACACUGCCCUUGGCACUAAGCUGCGGAAGAUACUGGAGGGGUACGAAUAUAUUACUGUGGCAGGGCCAUGGGAGGUUCAGCUGGGCGACCAAAGACUCGACGUGUGGCAGAAACUCCUUGAAUCCUCGACGAUGGUCCUCGUGCUGCUGUCCCGCGCCCUCCUCCGGGACGAGGUCCUGGGGAUCUGCUUCCCGGGGACUCUCAUCAGCAGGAAUUCGGUGGUGCCGCUGUUCGUGGAGCCGCUCGAUGAGGAGGAGAUCACGCCCGUUCUCAAGCCCAUCGUCCACCGGUCUGGCGAAAAGAUCUACGGCCACGACUGGAACGCCAAGUCCUGCAUCCAGGCACUCCACAAGUCCUACAUGCCUGACGUCCACUACGGCCGCGAGGUGUUCCUCCUGAAGCAGUUACUUGAGGAAAUUAAAAGUGAUGUCAAUUAUGUUUGCAAAUGUAGAAAGUGUUGACUUAUUUGUGUGUGUGUAAUUUUUGACAGUUGUCUUACAUCUUGAUGAAAGGUAGCCAGCCCCAAGCCGAAUAUAAACCAUGACUAGUGUUUUCUUAUUGUAGAUUGGUGUGAAGCUUCUUUCUCAAUAAAAAAAAGAAAAAAAGAAAAAGAAAACAAAAAUAUUUGAAAUACAUCAAUGCACUAUUAAGUUAGUCAUAUCCAAAGAUUUGUUAUAGCUAUCACUCUAAAAUGAUGUACGCUUUUGUUUAAAAGAUGGCAUUCCAGAGCCUUUACUUUAUAUUAAGUAAAGUGAAGAGUUGGUUUACCUUUAUUUGUAGGUCUUCCGAAACAAAAUAAAUUGAGAAAAAUAUUUUUUGUCAGUUAUGUAACAUUCUUGCAAUGCAGCUGAGGCAAUGUAGCAAGAUAGAAAAAAUAUAUUUUUAUAUACAUUUAA